GCACAUAGGUAAUAUGGUACAAAGUAUAUAUGUGAACUGUGAAAAUGGCUACUCCUGUAACAUCAGGUUUAAAACAAGUAAAACCAAUUUUAUCACUGACUCACAUAGAAGCUCAUAGGAAAGUAAUAACAUUAUAUAAAACAUGGUAUCGUCAAAUUCCAUUUAUUAAAGCUAAUUAUAUUAUCCCAGUAACAAAGGAGGAGUGUCAGCAAAAGUUAAGGGAAGAAUUUUAUCGUCAUGCUAAUGUACGUGAUUUAAGAGUAAUUGACAUGUUACUUGUUAAGGGGCAAAUGGAACUUCAGGAGGUUUGUGCUCAAUGGAAACCAGCUGCAACAUUGUUGCGUUAUUGGAAAGAAACUGAAGAACCAAAGCCAAAGGAUUUCAUGUCAAAGUUUUUAUCAGGUCAUGAAUAAAAUAUUUUUUUAGUAUAUUUGUAAAUAACAUAGUAUAAUUAAAUAUGUACGAUAUGU